AUGAUUAAGUGGGCCAGGAUGAAGUUCAAACCAAGUAAAUCUAGAAGUUUGAUAGUGAGGAAAGGCAAAGUGCAAGAUGAGACAUUUGAGUUAGCAGGUGAAAAGAUACCAACAGUUGGAGAGAAACCAGUGAAAUGCCUAGGUAAAAAGUUUGAUGCAACACUAGCAGAUAUGGUAAGCAUGGGUGAAGUUCAAGUGCAAUUGGUAGAAUGGCUGACGAAGAUAGACAAAAGUGGGCUCCCAGGAAGAUAUAAGACCUGGAUAUAUCAACAUGGGGUCUUACCAAGGAUAUUGUGGCCAUUACUAGUUUACGAGUUCCCAUUGUUCAAAGUGGAGGCCUUAGAGAGAAAGAUCAGUGCAUGUCUAAGAAGAUGGUUGGGUGUGCCAAGAAGUUUCAGCAGCAUUGGAUUGUACAGCACAGGAACAAAGCUACAACUACCAAUGAAGGCAUUGACAGAAGAGUAUAAAGUUACAAAGACAAAACAGGUUAUGACGUUGAGAGACAGCAAAGAUGCUAAAGUGACAGGAUCCAAAGUUAAGAUCAGGACAGGAAGAAAAUGGAAAACAGAGGAAGCAGUUAAGGAAGCUGAGACUAGACUAAAGCACAGUAUCAUCGUUGGUGUAACAGCAGUUGGUAGACAGGGAUUUGGUAUGACAACAAAACCAAGGUGGGAUACAGCAAAUGAGAAGGGACGGAGGGAACUGGUGCAACAGGAAAUACGACAUAUGGAAGAAGAGAGUAGGAAUGUUAAGGCAGUAGGAAUGAAACAGCAGAGUAGUUGGUUGAAUUGGCAAGGAGCUAGAAGCAGGGCUUUGACCUGGAGCGAGAUUUGGAGUAUGGAGGGAUACAGAUUGAGUUUUCUACUAAGAUCAGUGUAUGAUGUUUUACCAAGCCCAUCAAACCUCUAUACCUGGGAGUUGAUAGAAGACCCAACAUGCACCUUAUGCAAAGACAAACCAGCAUCUCUACAACAUGUGUUGUCAGCAUGUCCAGUCGCAUUGAAAGAUGGAAGAUAUACAUGA